AUGGGCUUGUCAAAGGACAGAAAUCAUGUUUCCAGUGAAGCAAACUUACACAAGCUCAAGUCAGGUAACAGUAACAAAGUAACUAGUCGUGGUACCAGCACACCACCAGAACCUAAACCUUACAAGUCAGGUAACAGUAACAAAGUAACUAGUGGUGGUACCAGCACACCACCAGAACCUAAACCUUACAAGUCAGGUAACAGUAACAAAGUAACUAGUCGUGGUACCAGCACACCACCAGAACCUAAACCUUACAAGUCAGGUAACAGUAACAGUAACAAAGUAACUAGUGGUGGUACCAGCACACCACCAGAACCUAAACCUUACAAGUCAGGUAACAGUAACAAAGUAACUAGUGGUGGUACCAGCACACCACCAGAACCUAAACCUUACAAGUCAGGUAACAGUAACAAAGUAACUAGUGGUGGUACCAGCACACCACCAGAACCUAAACCUUACAAGUCAGGUAACAGUAACAGUAACAAAGUAACUAGUCAUGGUAGCAGCACACCACCAGAACCUAAACCUUACAAGUCAGAACCUAAACCUUACAAGUCAGGUAACAGUAACAGUAACAAAGUAACUAGUGGUGGUACCAGCACACCACCAGAACCUAAACCUUACAAGUCAGGUAACAGUAACAAAGUAACUAGUGGUGGUACCAGCACACCACCAGAACCUAAACCUUACAAGUCAGGUAACAGUAACAGUAACAAAGUAACUAGUCAUGGUAGCAGCACACCACCAGAACCUAAACCUUACAAGUCAGGUAACAGUAACAAAGUAACUAGUCGUGGUACCAGCACACCACCAGAACCUAAACCUUACAAGUCAGAACCUAAACCUUACAAGUCAGGUAACAGUAACAGUAACAAAGUAACUAGUGGUGGUACCAGCACACCACCAGAACCUAAACCUUACAAGUCAGGUAACAGUAACAAAGUAACUAGUGGUGGUACCAGCACACCACAGAACCUAAACCUUACAAGUCAGGUAACUAACAGUAACAAAGUAACUAGGUGGUACCAGCACACCACUAAACCUUACAAGUCAGGUAACAGUAACAAAGUAACUAGUGGUGGUACCAGCACACCACCAGAACCUAAACCUUACAAGUCAGGUAACAGUAACAAAGUAACUAGUCGUGGUACCAGCACACCACCAGAACCUAAACCUUACAAGUCAGGUAACAGUAACAAAGUAACUAGUGGUGGUACCAGCACACCACCAGAACCUAAACCUUACAAGUCAGGUAACAGUAACAAAGUAACUAGUGGUGGUACCAGCACACCACCAGAACCUAAACCUUACAAGUCAGGUAACAGUAACAAAGUAACUAGUCGUGGUACCAGCACACCACCAGAACCUAAACCUUACAAGUCAGGUAACAGUAACAAAGUAACUAGUCGUGGUACCAGCACACCACCAGAACCUAAACCUUACAAGUCAGGUAACAGUAACAAAGUAACUAGUGGUGGUACCAGCACACCACCAGAACCUAAACCUUACAAGUCAGGUAACAGUAACAAAGUAACUAGUCGUGGUACCAGCACACCACCAGAACCUAAACCUUACAAGUCAGGUAACAGUAACAAAGUAACUAGUCGUGGUACCAGCACACCACCAGAACCUAAACCUUACAAGUCAGGUAACAGUAACAAAGUAACUAGUCGUGGUACCAGCACACCACCAGAACCUAAACCUUACAAGUCAGGUAACAGUAACAAAGUAACUAGUGGUGGUACCAGCACACCACCAGAACCGAAACCUUACAAGCCAUCAUCAAACCAUUUAAUCAAUCCAACCAAACCCGUCCUGUGA